GGGCUGGGCCGGCCGAACCCAAAUGAAUCAUGCCCAAUGAGUAUCGAAGACAAAACAGCAAGUGACUGAUAAACGACGGAGCAAGAGAGAUCGAAUCCCAUAGCGAAGAACAAUAUGGGGUUUUGGCUGAGGUUUAAUUUAUUGAUACUAACAAUUGGGAUACUCUCAACGCCUGUACUCUCCGAUCUGCUCAUAUCCAAGGUCGAUCGACGUAUUGAUUUGACUUCACAAAUUGUACGCAUCGCUUCAACUUUAAAGGUGGAGAAUGCUGGUUCGGGUGCAGUUUCAGAGUUUUUGCUGGUCUUUCCUGAGAUUCAGGCAAAAAAGUUGGCUUAUUUGACGGCAACAGUGAAUGAAGGGAAAGGAAAAACUAAAAUUUCUGGUGGUAGUCUCCCUAUCGAUGUUGCCAAUCCUAAAGGAAUGCCUCCUGCAUUGAAUGUUUAUUCUGUAUCAUUACCUAAGGCACUUGGUGAAGGGGAUACAUUGACUUUGGAUGUCUUGUCAGUAUUUACCCAUACCUUGCAACCAUUUCCCGAGAAAAUCACUCAGGCUGAUAUUCAGCUGGUAUUGUUCCAGGAAAGUGCAUACUAUCUCUCUCCUUAUGCAGUAAAGUUUCAGUCACUCAAUGUUAAAUUGCCUGAUGCUAGGAUAGAAUCAUAUACAAAAAUUGAGAACACUAAGCUUCAUGGCUCAGAGAUCAAAUAUGGUCCUUAUGAAAACCUUCCUCCUUUCUCAUACUCACCCGUAGUAGUGCAUUUUGAAACCAAUCAGCCAUUCGCUGUUGCUCAGGAGUUAGUGCGAGAGAUCGAAAUUUCCCACUGGGGCAAUGUGCAAGUCACUGAAUAUUACAAUAUUGUCCACCAAGGAGCUAAAAGCAAGGGUGAAUUUUCCAGGCUUGAUUACCAGGCCAGACCCAACAUUCGUGGAGCAUCAGCCAUAAGACACUUUGUUGCAAAAUUACCACCAAGAGCUCAUUCCAUUUAUUAUAGGGAUGAAAUUGGGAAUAUAUCAACCUCUCAUCUAUUUUUGGAUUCUAAAAAGACGGAGCUAGUUAUUGAACCUAGAUAUCCGAUGUUUGGAGGUUGGGGAACGACUUUUACAGUUGGAUACAGUUUGCCUCUUCCGGACUUUUUGUUCGACUUGGACGGGAAACGUUUCUUGAAUAUAUCAUUUGCUUCUCCUAUGAAUGAGUUGGUCAUUGAUGAUCUCACCGUGAAGGUUGUUUUGCCAGAGGGGUCCGAGUAUUUAUCCGUUUCCACUCCAUUUCCUGUAAAGCAGAGAGAAGAGAGCAAAACUUCCCACUUAGAUGUUGUCGGCAGGCUAGUAGUUGUGCUGGAAAAGACUAAGGUCGUACCAGAGCAUAAUCAGUAUUUUCAGGUGUAUUACAGGUUCAACAAACUUUCUAUGCUGAGGGAGCCAUUUAUGUUGGUUAUUGGAUUUUUCUUCCUUUUUGUUGCUUGUAUUGUAUAUGUGCAUGUUGACUUGUCAAUCUCCAAGUCUUCUCCUUCUUAUUUGGCAAAACUGCAGUGGGAUGAUGUGCGAGCAACAGUUCAGCAGGUUGAAAGAAUUAUAAAUCAAUGCCUAGCAACACAUGAGAAGCUAGAAGCAUCACUACGUGAUCUUUCUAGGAUCGGCGAUAUCCAAGCUUGUAAAAUUGCUCGGAAGACAGCUGAUGGAUUGUUGAAAGAGUAUUCAAAAGAGUUGAGGCCCUUACUAGCAUUCUUGCAAUCUUCUCCCACUGCUGCACAUAUAUUGCCCAAGGUGGAAGAGCUGGUGGCAAAGGAGAAAGAAUUGCAAGAGAGAUUGAUUGCAAAACACACAGCAAUUGUGGAUUGCUAUGAAAAGAAGCUUGGGGGCCGUGAAAUUGAGAACAGAGUUGCUUCACAGCAGCAAAAAGUUGUAGCCUUGAGGCAGGAGGUUGAAGAUAUUCUGGAGUACAUUGAUGAGAUCUAAAAUUAAAUGGGUAGAAAAUCUGAGCUUUAGGAUCAAAUUUUGUUUGUUACCCAAAUUAUAUUUGACGAGCUUACUGCAAUUUUUUAUGGUUGUAUUUUGCGAGACAAAGUUUGCACGUGACUAAGAUAAAUUGGAAAUUUGAAAACCUAACUUGGGGAGAGUGGAA